GGCAGAGCUGACUGAAAUGGGUGAGUCGCGGUCUGGCAGACAUUCCUGACGAUCUCCAGAGCAGCCUCAUGUCUCGCAGUGGAACUGAUCCUGAGCAACGCCAAGAGGCGGACGCCACGGCACCAACCUUCCGGGCGAGCGAGCAUCAGCAUAUCCGCUACAACCCGCUGCAUGAUGAGUGGGUGCUGGUGUCAGCUCACCGCAUGAAGCGGCCUUGGCAAGGGCAAGUGGAGCCCCAGCUUCUGAAGACAGUGCCCCGCUAUGACCCCCUCAACCCUCUGUGUCCUGGGGCCACAAGGGCCAAUGGUGAGGUGAAUCCCCACUAUGAUGGCACCUUCCUGUUUGAUAAUGACUUCCCAGCUCUUCAGCCUGAUGCCCCUGAUCCAGGACCCAGUGAUCACCCCCUUUUCCAAGCAGAGGCUGCCCGAGGAGUUUGUAAAGUCAUGUGCUUUCACCCCUGGUCGGAUGUGACACUGCCACUCAUGUCGAUCCCUGAGAUCCGAGCUGUCGUCGAUGCAUGGGCCUCAGUCACAGAGGAGCUGGGUGCUCAGUACCCUUGGGUACAGAUCUUUGAAAACAAAGGAGCAAUGAUGGGCUGUUCUAACCCCCAUCCCCACUGCCAGGUAUGGGCCAGCAGUUUCCUGCCAAACAUUGCCCAGUGUGAAGAGCAGUCUCAGCGGACCUAUCAGAGUCAGCAUGGAGAGCCUCUGCUAAUGGAGUAUAGCCGCCAAGAGCUCCUUAGGAAGGAACGUCUGGUACUAACCAGUGAGCACUGGUUAGUACUGGUCCCCUUUUGGGCAGUGUGGCCCUUCCAGACUCUACUUCUGCCCCGUCGGCAUGUGCGGCGCCUCCCUGAGCUGACCCCUGCUGAGCGUGAUGAUCUAGCCUCUGUCAUGAAGAAGCUCUUGACGAAGUAUGACAACCUAUUUGAGACAUCCUUUCCCUACUCUAUGGGCUGGCAUGGGGCUCCCACAGGAUCAGAGGCCGGGGCCAAAUGGGACCACUGGCAGCUGCACGCUCAUUAUUACCCUCCACUUCUGCGCUCUGCUACUGUUCGGAAAUUCAUGGUUGGCUAUGAAAUGCUUGCCCAGGCUCAGAGGGACCUCACCCCCGAGCAGGCUGCAGAGAGACUAAGAGCACUUCCUGAGGUACAUUACCUCCUGGGACAGAAGGACAGGGAAGCAGCAGCCAUCGCCUGACCAUUCUGACCACAGGGCCCUGAAUCCUGCCUGAGAACUGGGACCUGGUGUUUGGGCAAAUGUGGCAUCAAUAAAACUUCUUCUUGAUCUUUAUUCCCACACCAGAGGAGUGUGAACUCUAAUCUUUAGGGAUAUUGGGUUAAAGCCCAAGUGUGGUUUUAACCACUUUUCCUUGCCUACAGACCUACAAAAAUUUAAUGCAAAAAUUCCAUCCCGGUCAGGUAUAGUAGCUCAUGCCUGUAAUUCCAGCACUUGGGAGGCAGAGGCAGGGGGAUCAGUGCGAGUUUGAGCCCAACUUGGUCUAUAUAGUGAGUUCCUG